AUGGUAAAUACAUGGGUGUCUCGUCAAUGGAUUAUUCCCAUGGUAGAUAUGAUACCCUUCCAAACUGUUGGGAGUGAGAAAUCCAGAUCAAUGGACAACCAUUUAUAUCGUGAAAAAGUGUUUUCAUCGAAGGUCGAAUUAAAACGAGCUUUGAGCAUGUUGGCACUAAAAGAACAUAUUGAGGUUAGAGUUAAAAAGUCAUGUCACGCUCGUUUUAAGGUUGGUUGGAAGGAGAAGGCAUGCAAGUUUGCUUUGCGUGCAACGAAGUUGCCUGAGGGAGAAUAUUGGCAACUUCAAAAGUUCCAGAAGGUACACACAUGUACUGUUGAUGGUUUGCAAUGUGGGUAUCGAACUAGGAGCGCGAGGUUAAUUGGUGAGCUUAUCUCCACCAGGGUGCAAAGAAAUUAUGUAACCCUAUUGAGAUCAAAGGAAAUUAUGGAAGAGAUGAAUCGCAAGUGGGGAUUGCAAUGUCUAUAUGGUAAGGCCUGGCAAGCGAAAGAGUAUGCAGAGAGUCUUGUGUUCGGUCCCCCUAGAAGAGUCCUUCAAACUCCUCCCCUUAUAUUUCCAUAUGUUGAAACUGCUGUAAUACGGUAUGUAGUCGUUAUCAAUGCCACACAUCUGAAUGGCAAAUUCAAGAGUAUUUUGUUUGUGGCGAUAUGCAAAGAUGUGAAUGGGCAGAUUUAUCCAGUUGCAUUUGGCAUUAGCCACGUCAAAGACAAAGAGUCUUGGUCGUGGUUUCUUAACCAAUUACGUCGUGCGAUUGGUUGUCCUGAAAAUGCAAUGUUCAUUUCUGAUCAGCAUCUUAGCAUUAAGAAUGCAAUUGAGAAAGUGUACAAGGACGCUCAUCACAAUCUAUGA